CUCUUGUGUGCGGUAUUUCCUGUUGCCAGAGGCAUCUUUGUGUACCACUGAAACUUCUUCAGUGGAAUCCAGCUCAGAAUCAGAAAACAUCAGUAUUAAUGUCCCAGCACCUCUACCCUGUGAUAUUCCUCAGCAGUUUAUUUACCUGUAGAAUCAUCUUCAGGGAUGUGAAGAUUUUUGCUUUGAUACAUUUAUGCUCUUUCCUGCUGAAACUCAAUGAUUUUCAUUUCUUCCCUGACCUGUUACAAAAAUGCUACUUUCCUGCCUGACAGUUACUGGGUCUGUUUUCUCUGUGUUCUCAUCAUGCUGCUGAUUUUGUGCUUUAGAUUUUAUCUUUCUAUUCUUUUUUUUCCAUUUCCUCAGGAAUUUGUUUGACUGCCGGAGGAAUAUAAAGCCUAGUUAGGCACUUGGUGGAGGAGGACAGCUUGGAGGAGUUUCUUGCUAUUUGGUUACGUUGUUUAGCACUCUUUAUGGUCCCAAAGUCAUUCCAGAUCCUUGUCCACUCUCAUUAACCUGAACAAUCAUGUGCUGUUUCCAGCUGGGGACUUAUCCAUCCCAAAUCAGAGGCAAUGAGAGAAGACUUGGAGCAAAUACACUGAAAAUGAACACUUCUGUAUUGAGCAUUAUGCAAUGCUGUUAAAUAAUUGCCUCUUCUUGCUUAUUCAGCAGUAUUUCAGAUUGUGAACCUGGCUCCCAAGGCAAUCAAGGCACACUUAAGGUGGUGGCUGUGUGCCAGUCCUUCCUCUGAGACUGCUGAACCUGUUGGGAACUUCAAAGUGACUUUAACCAUGAUUUCAAAGAUACUGACUGGGCUGACACACCUCAUGCAACAGGCAGCUGGCAGAGAGGUGGGACCUGACUUAGGGCUUUAGUGAGGAAAGAUGUGAAAUCUGAACUUUCUGACUGGUAAAGAAUGUGUCUGAUUCUUCCCUCUGCAGGACUGGGGAGGCUGAGAGGAGGAGAAAGGGAGAUUGGGAAUGCCUCAGCCUCAGGAAAAGCUUUGAUCAGAUCUGAGCCUUAUUAGAUUGGAGAUAAUCCAGUAACGAGAUGCAAAGCUGAGAUUGAAGCAGGGGAUGGGGCCUCAAGCUGGGGUUCCUGCAGACCUGUCCUUGUGAUGCAGGAGGACUCACUGGGCUCCCACCAGCAUCCUGCACUUCCAAGGGAUCCUUUACUCUGCUGUUGCACCAGUCAGCUGUGCCAGCUGAUCAGUACUGAUUAACACUUACUGGUUUGUUUUUUGUUUUUUUUUAAUCUUAAGUAAAGGCAAAAUCUCUAGGGAGUUUCAUCUUUUUUCUUAAUUCCUGUUUUCAAAUCUCCUUUCAAGUCUUCUGUAAUUGCAGAGUAGCAGAGGCUGCAGAGUUUGUUGUUGCUUCUCCAAAGGCUUCACUUUUAGAUUUAUAAUUUAUUUUUAAACUGAAUUUGUUUAUAAUAGAUCUUCAGUUAUCUCAGGGUGGGUGGGGUUCAUGUCUACUCUGCUGGGGAUAAGAGGAUCCCUAUUGCUGUUGCACAACAUAAAAGCUGCUUCAGGGGCUCCUUGAAAUUUUACAUGGUUCUGCUGUAUGUGGUGAGUGUGGAUAGUCAUUGUCACCUGCAGUUGUCCCAGCUGGCAAAGGCUGGGGGUGUGAAUCAGCUCUUGUGUGUCUGCAGAGAAUUGCUAAGGCUGGAAAAGACCUACAGGAUCAUUAACCCAGCACUGCCAAGGCCACCUCUAAACCCAAGUGCCACAUCUGCACAUCUUUUGCAUCCCUCCAGGGACGCUGUCUCCAGUGUUGCCUUUUCCAAUGCCUGACCACCCUUUCAGUGGAGAAUUGUUCCCUAAAAUCCAAUCUAAACCUCCCCUGGUGCAACUUGAGGCCAUUUUGUCUUGGCUUCUGGCUUUUUACAUGGGCAGAAAAACUGACACCAUGAAAACCUUCCCAACUGUUUUAUGAUUUCAAAUACUCCAAAAUGCGGAACAAUGAGAGCAGACAGCAGAGUUGGGAUGUGCUCUGUACCUUAUUCCUGGUAUUAAAGGUGUACUGGGAUGUAGUAGAGUUAAGGGGAGAAGGAAGAAUAAAACUAGUAAAAGAAAGUACUUCUUAAAAUAUCAAGUGUGAUUUUCAGGAAUUAAUUGCUAGAGGAGGUGGUGGAGGCAGCAUCAAAACAUUCAGAAAGAGAGGAGGACUGUAAGAAAUACUUGCAGAGGAAGCAGGAAGAGGCCAACCAGCCUCUCCAAGUGCCAGCAGUGGACAGCAGUGUGCCAAAGACAUCAGAACUGAUGGGCAUCACCAUCAGGGAUGAUCCGUACGGGAGUGGAACAGAGAUAUUUGAUGCCUUCAUCUGCUACUGUCAGAAAGACCUCCAGUUUGUCCAGGAGAUGAUCAGGGAGCUGGAGCAAACAGAGUUCAAACUGAAGCUCUGUGUAUUUGAUCGGGAUGUCUUGCCAGGAACCUGUGUGUGGUCCAUCAGUGGAGAACUUAUAGAGAGGAGGUGUCGGAGGAUGGUGGUUGUCGUUUCAGAUGACUACCUGGAAAGCGACGAAUGUGAUUUCCAGACCAAAUUUGCUCUUAGUCUUUCCCCAGGUGCUCGUCACAAACGGCUGAUUCCAGUCAAGUACAAAUCCAUGAAGAACGAGUUUCCAAGUAUCUUACGGUUCAUUACGAUUUGUGACUACACCAAUCCUUGUACCAAAAAAUGGUUCUGGACAAGACUGGCAAAAUCCCUCAUGCUGCCCUGAUGCAAAGUCCUCUGAGCUGGGUGCUCUUGUAACCUGUCCUGGCUGUGCCUUCGGACCAGGGGUCCUUGACACAGGGUCUUCCACCACUUCAGAACCUGGAUCCUUGCUUGGAGCCUGUGACUGGGAACAAAGAACUCUCUCCAGCACUUCUUCACAACUCUGAGGGGAAAUAAAGCAACUCUGUGGGUGUUCCGGGUUAAGUUAGUGAGCAGCAGCAUCCAGCAUUUGUGGAGUAAGCACGUGCACUAAAAAUACUGAAAAUACACAUUUAAAGAGUGUCUGAUACAAGAAGACUCUGUUGUAAGAAUUAGCGAGACCUCAGAGCCUCAAACUGCAGGUUUUAUCAAUGUUUUAAAAGCUACAGUAACAUCAAGACUUGUGGGAAUUCUACUGUAUUGGAUAACUCUGUCUCUAUUCAGGUCCCAUUUGAUUCAGUGACCUUAUACUAGCAUUUAAUAUUCCCAGAUAUUACUAAAUUUUUACUUCUCCUUCAGGAGAAAUUCAGUCUUAAAAUACAUCUUUUCAGUGACAGUCCUUACUACACAAAGCAGGGGCUGCUGUUGCUCAUUGACUUGACCAAGGUCUGCAUCUAAGUGGGUCCAGAUCUCAAAGUCUUUCACCUUUAAAAGCCUUCUAAAACACAGCAGCUUUUGGGAUGCCUCAAAGGCACAGGGCUUAACACUGAAUAAGGAAUGUAUUAAAUUGACAUUUGGGCUGUUUAAAAUAUGGAGGUGAAUGUAAUAUUAAUAGGAAAGAGCCUAAUUUAAUUAACUGCCACAAUAAUGACCGUAUUUCUGUGACUAAAGCUUGGAGCAAUGUCAAGAUUGCUCUGCUUGUUAGACUUGGCUUUGAAUCCCGCCCGUGACUAGUGGUUCUCAUCAGUGCUCCAGGGUGGAGAUCAAGAGUUCUACCCAAAGGAAUGUUUAAAGCAAUCCAUUGGUGUAUUAAACAGAUUUACAGUAAAUAUUGACUUUUUAAAUUGGGGAAGAGAUGAAUCUUGCUUAUGUAUCUGCUUGAACUCUGCCCCUUUGUUCAUUACUUCAGCCACCGACUCAUGUUGAUUUUACAGCUUAAUGUUUUACUAGUUUACAUUUUUAAGGUUGCAUCUGGAUGUGAUUUUAUUUUUUCAAUUUUAGCUUUGUUUUAAAGCAUUACCAGGGCUGAGACAGAAAUGUGCUCCUGCCCCCUCCUUCACACUCCCUGUCAGUGAAUGAUCCCUUACCAGGGAGGGAUGCUGCCAGAUCCUGUCCAGGUGCUGCUGCUGGUUCCUCCGGGCUGACAGAAGCAGCCCUUGACCUGAACGUGGUGAAGCUCAUUCAUGCACAUCAUGUUGGCAGCAGGAGCCAUUUUUGGAUAUACCUGGGAGCUGGGUGUUUCUUCUAGGAAAGAAACUGCUGUCAUCGUGCCAAGGUGACAUUUGCACCUUCCUUCGUUGCUAGAACAAGUGAGAAGUCUGUGGGCAAGGGAGGAGGAAAGUUAAGUUGAUGAGGGGUUUCUGAAUAGUUUGUCUUUGUGUCCUAUUGCCCUGGGGCCUCUCCUGCAGAAGUGGAGACAGCUGCUUGCCUCGGGCUUUCUGCAUAAUCGUUAAAUGUUAAUUAUAGGAGAGCUUCAGGAGGCUGCUUGAUCCCCAGGCACUCCGGGGGCACAAUGAAUUCUCAUACUCUGGAGAGUCUGUAAACAUAAUUAUGGGUCAUUACUCGCAGGACCGAACCGGAUUCCUCCUGCCUGGAGAGCUGGAAGGGCUCUGCUGGCUCGUUUGGGGGAGCUGAGGCCGAGGAGCCCGUGCUGUGGACGCUAGAGGGAGGCCAUGGCCCACGCUGGCACCCUGCGAGGGAAUCGGGUGGGAUGGGAUGGGGAGACACGGCCGGGAUGGGCCAGCAGGGCACUGACCGCUGCCUGGCAUGGAAAAAACACAAGUGGGUUCUCCUCCUCUUCCCCUUCCUCCCUCUUCUGAGCAAGGUAUACCAAAACCAGCAAGAAUUUUGGCAGCUUGAACCUGUGUUCUGAGUCUUGACGGUUUGGGACUUGGCAUGUUCCAUAUGAGGGGAAAAUAACAGCAGGAAAAAUGAUGAUGUUUGUAAUAGAUGAUUUGGUGAUUUCCCAACAGGGAAAGUGCUGGCUCUGGAAGGGAAAGCAAACAGAGGAGCUGAAUUUCUAAAUUUUUUGAGUUCAAAUGGAUAAAAGCCAUAUUCCAGUUAGUGGUGAAAGAUGUUGGAAUUGUUACCACCCUGCUUGUGGUGCCCUGGCCCUUUCUCUCUGCUUGGCUUGGAUACUGGGAAGGUCUUACUGUUAUGGGGCUGUUGCUUUAAUACAAUUACUAUUUCCCUUAUAGGCUAAAAUAAUUAUUUUGGGGUAAAGUGAGGUAAAUGCCCUAAAACAUAAAAUAUGCUUUAAAUAUGUAUCCUCUUCUAUGUAAACCCCAGAGUUUAUGCACUUCUACACUUUUAUAUUGGCCUUGUCACAAUAACUUCAAGUGUGACAUUGUGAAUUAUACAAAAUGUGGUUGUGAACCAUUUGCCCAUUUCAGUAGCAUUUGGGGUUUCCUCCCCUCUUUCAUGCUCAGUGGAAGGUCAAAAUUUUUGAACACCUUUAAAAAAGGGAUUUAUAAAAUUGUGAUGUCACAGUUUUUUUUUCUAUUUUGUCUCUGUCCCUCUCUGAAAUUCUUUUUGUUGAAUCUGUUAGUCCCAAAACAUUUAUUUUUAUAUACAUACAUAUAUAUUUAUAAUAAUUUUGUGUCCUGAUACGAAGGGGGAAAGCAUCUGUCUUUAUAGGCAUUCUGAGAAUAGACAAUGUUCCUGUUUUUCUCCUCAAAAAUCCAAACUUUUUCUACUUGUGAAAACAUUUUAAAAUAAAUAAUGAAAACCCA